GACACGUAUGUCUUUGGCUAGUUUUGAUGAACGCCGCGACGCAAGCAGCGCCUCGCAAUAUCGUCGCCUGCUGCUGCUACUAGUAUUGCUUGCGUGAGUUGUGUGUCAGAAUAAGAAAAAGGAAGAGCAAGUGUUGUUGAAAAUAAUCGUAGUGUUCGGUGAGCGAGAGAAAAGAAAAAUACCGUGGAACCUUGGACUAUCCGUUGGACGAAGGCAGCUGGAGGGCCGUCAAAAGCAGCAGAGGUGGAUUCCAGGGCGAAGAUGAGGGCCGCGGGUAUUGUGCUGAUCAGCGUAGCUCUUACCUGCGCCGUGAUCGGCAAUGCUUACUAUCAGAAGAAACAAUUUUACCCGUCGGUCGUCUACAUAACCAAAUCUAAUCCCAGUAUGGCUGUCAUUUAUGUUCAAGGUCUUAUACUUGUUUUGAUGGCUAAUACAUUUUUGAGAAAAAUUUUUUUUGGAAAUUUAAGAGCAGCAGAAUUUGAACACUUGAUGGAAAAACUCUGGUAUGCAGUGACAGAAACUUGUUUGGCAUUUACUGUUUUUAGAGAUGAUUUCAGUCCAAAAUUCAUAGCACUGUUUACAUUACUUCUAUUCUUGAAAUCAUUUCAUUGGCUGGCUGAGGAUAGAGUAGAUUAUAUGGAAAGAAGUCCAGUAAUAACUUGGCUAUUUCAUUUGAGAGUUGGGUCUUUACUAGCUCUUCUAUUCUGUUCAAAUUUAGCAAUGUUCAAUUAUGCAUACAAUCAAACAGUAACAAAAGGAGCUUCUGUCCAACUUGUCUUUGGUUUUGAGUAUGCUUUAUUAAUUACUGUGGUGUUGAAUAUAACAAUAAAAUAUAUACUUCAUACAAUUGAUUUACAACGUGAUAAUCCUUGGGAUAAUAAGCCUGUUUUUCUUUUAUACACUGAACUGAUCAUUGGUUUAAUGAAGGUUGUUUUGUAUGUUGCAUUUGUUGCUAUAAUGGUAAGAAUAUACACCUUACCACUAUUUGCAUUCAGACCAAUGUACUAUACAAUGAGGAAUUUUAAGAAAGCUUUCCAUGACAUUGUAAUGUCUCGACGAGCUAUAAGAAAUAUGAAUACACUUUAUCCAAAUGCAACUCCUGAAGAGCUGGCAGCUGCUGACAACGUUUGCAUUAUUUGCAGAGAAGAAAUGGUAUCUGCAAGCAAAAAGUUGCCGUGCAAUCAUAUAUUCCAUACUGCUUGUUUGCGAUCGUGGUUCCAACGUCAACAAACUUGCCCAACCUGCAGACUGAAUAUUUUAAGACCUACACCUACUCAGACUAGUACUAGGCAGCAAAAUCAACAACAAGCUGCUGCACAACCUGCUCCACAACCAACUCCUGCUCCACAGCCAAAUGUGCAACAACCUAUCCCUGGACCGGCUCCUUUCCAAAUGCCUCCAUUUUGGGCCAAUUUUCCACCACCCCCGCAACCUACAACAUCUUCAGAAACUGGAUCACCUCAACAUUUAGGCACAAGCUCUUCAACUUCGGAUUCAACACCAAUAUUCCCAGGAAUUCCUCUUUUGUCGCCAUCCAAUUUUUAUCCAAUAAUCCAUUUGCCUCCUGUACCUGUGCCACCUCCAAAUUUAACUUCUCUUAGUGAAGAAGAACUUAGACAAAUGGAAGGCAAUUUAAGAAGUGCUGUAGAACAUAGGAUAGAAACAUUAAGGAGAGUUCAGUUACUUAUAGAUGCAGCAAUUACUAUGAUGGGUCAGUACCAGACUGCUGCUCAAACUGCAAUCAUCCCGGAUGCUUCGUUUCCUAUAAAUGCAACAUUCGAAACUACGACUGCAAACACUUCGACAACUGAGACGACUAGUGCAGCGGGUCAAAGUUCGCAAACAAAUUCAACUGAAAAUCAGAUGCCAAAAGUUGCAAGUAAGUUGCAAAUAUUUACCGCACAGAAGACUGUUGUUGAUGUAUCAGCCGAAAGUUCGACCGCAUCCGCAAGUACAAGCGAUAGUGUAACUAUGCCUUCAACGUCUAGUGUAAAUAACGAAACUUCAAACGAACAAGAAAUGUUGAGGAGAAGAAGAUUAGAAAAAUUCACCAUUGAUCCUGUUGAUUAAGCGGGUAACGGAUGUACUAACUUAUCAAUAUUUUGAAUUUUUCAUUUACAUUUUUUUGUUCACAUCGAUUAGAUUUUGAAUCCUUAUUACUUUUUAUAUAAUCUGCUUUUUUCUACUUACCUCUUGUCAAAAAUCUUCAAAAUUAGGUUGCAUGUUAUAAAAUCUUUAAUAAUUCGGAAUAAUGAAUGAAUGAAUGAUGAACAUAUUCUCAAGUUUGAAGCAAAGGUUAGAACGAAAAAGUAUCUGCUAUAAAAAUAAAAUUGGUUAGUAAGAUGAUAACAUAACUCUGAGUCGGUAAAUGAAGUGCCGAAUAAACAUCCGAUAUUCACUUAAUGUGAUAUAAUUUGUGAACGUACUGUGUGAAAUCGAGUGGUAUCGGUCGUUUGUCUCAUCCUAGGCUGUACUUUCUCUGUAUUAAAAGAGAAACUAAGCUGUAACCAACGACUACUACUGAAAGACAGUUUAAAACGAGUAAGUUUCGUACUUCAAACUCAAAUUAAGGCUAAAACUUCUCCAAAGCAGUGAUAUGUUAAAAUUAACAUUACACAAGUGCAUUUUUAAAUUCAAUAUUUAUUAUGUUAUUAUUACUGUACAAUUGUUCGACUAAGUAUCGCUAUCGUGCAAUUUGUUUUUCAAGUCAUAAAUAAUUUAUGCAAAAUUAGCUGUUCAAAAAGAAAUUCGAAUUGAAGACUAUAAUAUGUUAAUCCAAUUAUUAUGAAUAACAGAUACUAAUGUUACAUAUUGUAUGAUAGCCGUUUUCAAAGAAAUCGAUGAGUAAUAAAAAUAUUUUUUGUUUGAAUAAUUAUUCAUUGAUUCGAAAUCUUAUUGGAAAUGUAAUUUGCUGAACAUUUAUUUGUGGAAAAGUCAGUAAAUUACAUCUCUCUUUAACUUAUUACAAUUUUUUAUUUACCUAGGGUUUGCUUUGUGGCAAAUAAUUUAAAUUUUUACCAAGGUUAGAAGUCACUUGUUCAACCUAUGUACUGUUUAUAAACACUUUCUAAAUAUGUAAAAUAAGUGCACAUUCAGAUAAGUUGAUUGUGUAACUUUCUAAGAACAUGUAAAUAAACAAAUCCAAUAAAUUAAUUAUUUACAAUUAAU